AUGGAAAAAAAUCCUAGCUUUGUCAAAAAUGGCCAAUAUUUGUCCAGUCCAAGAAGCCCUCCUUCGGACACAAUUAAUGAUACAUUUUACCGACGUUCACGAUCACGAGAAACUAUGGAUGAUGAUUGGAAUCACGUUCAAAUUUCUCACGAUGUCGAUCAAUUCAUUACCACACUUUCUACCUUUGACGAUAAGUCAAAUCCACCCGAUGUUCCUGAUUAUGUCGAGACAUUUUCAAGAAUUGUUGAAUCAAGAAUCGAUAAAUAUAAUCAGAGCGAAAUCAACAGGAGAUUUGGCAAAAUGAUGGAAGAGGGCCAGUUUUUCAUAGAAGCUGUUACGCGCAUAUCGAAAUUAGCCAAUGCUUUCAGCAAGUUUCAACCAAGUGCGAGUACUUCCCCGGCCUUCAACCAGAUCAGCAUGGUGUUGCAACGUUCCAUGGCGUUUCUAGAGGAGGAAUUUCGUUCACUUUUAGAAGAUGGUAAAAACAAUUCUCAAUCGAAUUCCGGGAACUUUUUUAAAAAUUCGUCGUUUAAUUACAAGUAUCAAGAUCGAUCCAACCAAGGUGAGACGUCAAGUGGUGAUUUUCCGGGGUAUUCAUCGGAGGUGGUGACUAAAAUGAACAAGAUUGCUUCUACAAUGAUUUCUGCAGGAUAUGAAACAGAAUGCUGCCAAGUCUAUUCCGUUUCAAGAAGAAUUGCAUUCAAUGAACAAAUGAAAAAACUCGAAUUCGAAAAGAUUGAUAUGGAUGAUGUUCUCAAACUGCAAUGGGAAACCCUUGAAGGAGAAAUUUCCAGGUGGAUCAGAGUAGUUCAAACUUGCUCCGGUUCUCUCUUCCCCGGCGAAAAAAAGCUCGGCGAAUCCAUUUUCACCGGCCACCCUUUAAUCCGCCGGAGUCUUUUCACCAACCUUGCACGGGCCGUGGUGAUACAGCUUCUUGAUUUUGCAGAGGCAGUGUCAAUGGCUAAAAGAUCAGCUGAAAAGCUAUUCAAAUUCUUGGACGUGUACGAAACACUCCAGAAUCUUAUUCUGGCGAUUAAUGAUUCGUGUUCACAUGAAUGCGAGCAUGAAUUGACGUCCGAGAUCGCUGCCUCCGGCGACCGGAUUGGUGAAUCGGCGGUGAGCAUAUUCUGUGACCUGGAAAAUUCAAUCAAGAGCGAUGUUGCUAAAAGUCCUGUCCCUGGUGGCGCAGUGCACCCUCUAACUCGUUACGUUAUGAAUUAUCUGAAAUAUGCAUGCGAGUAUAAAGACACGCUUGAGAAGAUUUUUGAGAAACAUGCCAAGUUGGAAAAAUCUGUCCCAAUGUCUAGCAAUUUAUCAUCUAAUGAUAUAGAAAAAGAAAGUGAGAGCCCACAUAAUUUUGAGACCGUGGCAAUUACGACACCUUUUUCGAUACAAAUCGUGACAGUAGUCGACCUAUUGGAUGCAAACCUAGAGGCAAAAUCGAAGCUCUAUAGGGACCCUUCAUUGCGUUACAUUUUCUUGAUGAAUAAUGGUAGAUAUAUUCUUCAAAAAGUCAAGGGUUCAACCGAAGUCGGCCAAUUGAUGGGCGACACUUGGUGCCGGAGGAGAUCAACAGUGGUGAGACAUUUUCACAAAAAUUACCAAAGGGAGACAUGGAGUCGAAUUUUAUCAUGUUUAAGCCACGACGGAUUGCAAGUCAACGGUAAAAUCAACAAAUCAGUACUUAAAGAAAGGUUCAAGAUUUUCACUACAACUUUUGAUGAAAUACAUAGGACACAGAGCACGUGGGUUGUGAGCGAUGAACAACUUCAAUCAGAGCUUCAAGUUUCGAUUACGGCGAUCAUAAUCCCAGCGUACCGAUCAUUUUUAGGGAGAUUUAGGCAAUAUUUGGAUGGUGGAAAAGUUGACAAGUACAUAAAAUACCAACCUGAGGAUAUCGAGACAUUAAUCGAAGGCCUUUUUGAUGGUAAUCCAACAUCAAUGGGUAGGAGGAGAACGUAG